CAUGAAGACUUAGCCACGGGUUGUACCACUGCGAGGUGAAGUUUGUUUUGGAAAUUUGUCUUGUUGUCUUACCUUUAUACCAUCGGUGGACGGUUUGGAGUUGAAUAAAGGGAGCUUUAAAUCAACAAAAUACCAAGAGGAAGAAUUCAAACAUAUGUAAUGAUCGAAAUGAAACGGAAGUAGCUUUGCCUGGCGAGUGUCUUGAUGCCAAAACUAUCAGUCAUGGAGCUGGGCAGGCAACUGUGUGGGAAGAUGAAGAAGCAAAGGAAGGCGGAGAUAACUGUCCCGGCUGUCAUGAAAGGACUGGAGAUCCACUUCUACCUGCCUGACACACACCAGCUCGAGUAUUUUAAAGACUGCCACACUGCAGAGGACCUGUGCGUGGAGGCUGCCAAGAGAUGCCACAUCUCACCUCUGUGCCACAACCUGUUUUCUCUAUAUGAGGAGAGCCAGGAUGUCUGGUAUGCUCCUAAUCACGUGUUUAAGAUCUCGGAGGAGACCAGCAUCAAACUUCACUACCGAAUGAGGUUUUAUUUCACAAACUGGCACGGCACUAGCGAGAUUGAGUCUCCAGUUUGGAGACACUCUCUCAGCAAACAAAAAGGGGGUAUGAUCACUCAAAAGGGCCCCGAGGGGACACCUCUGUUGGAUGCCGCAUCUCUUGAUUACCUUUUUUCACAGGGUCAGUAUGAUUUUCUGAGGGGACUGGCUCCUGUGCGCUCUCCACAGAGUGAGGUUGAGCUUCAUGAGAUAGAGAAUGAGUGUUUGGGAAUGGCUGUUUUAGCCAUAACUCAUCAUGCCAAGGGCAAUGAUCUGCCGCUAUCUGGAGAUGGAGCUGAAACCAGCUACAAGCGCUUCAUUCCUGACAGUUUGAACCACACCUUUAAACAGCGCAACUUUCUCACACGCAUGCGCAUCAACAAUGUUUUCAAGAACUUUCUGAACGAGUUCAACAGCAAGACCAUUCAGGACAGUAACAUAACCCUUUAUGACCUGAAGGUCAAGUAUCUGUCCACUCUUGAAACUUUGACCCAAGGCCUGGGCCGAGAGACUGUAGAGACCAAGAGCCUGAAAGUAUCAGGGGAGAGUGAAGGAUCUCCGGCCCACUCACUUCCCAUUGGGGAUGAUGGAAUGAGCUAUGAAGUACAAGUAUCUGGAACCACUGGGAUCUCUUGGAGGAGAAAGCCCCUACCGAAUCUUCUGAUUGUGAAAGACAAAAGCAAAUCUAAAAAGAACAAGACCGACAGCAAGCAGAAAAGUGACAAGAAGAAAGAUGGCAACAAUGGCUGGAUGCUUUUCUCUGACUUUAAUGAAAUCACCCACAUCGUCAUUAAGGAGUCUUGCAUCACAAUUUACAGACAGGACAAUAAAAUGGAGUUGGAUCUGUAUUACCGUGAUGCAGCUCUGUCUUUUGCUGCACUGGUGGACGGUUACUUCAGACUGACUGUAGAUGCCCACCAUUACCUGUGCACAGAGGUCGCACCUUCAUCAGUGGUCCAGAAUUUAGAGAAUGGCUGUCAUGGCCCCAUCUGCACAGAGUAUGCUAUUCAUAAACUCCGCCAAGAGGGAAAUGAAGAAGGAACAUACAUCCUGCGCUGGAGCUGCACAGACUACAACUACAUCAUUAUGACUGUUGUCUGCAUUGAGAUUGACCUGUCUGAGUCGAGGCCAGUUCCUCAGUAUAAGAACUUUCAGAUUGAAGCGAGCCCUCAGGGCUAUAGAUUGUUUGGAACAGAGACGUUCAGGCCUACUCUGAAGGAGCUUCUGGAGCACCUGCAGGGCCAGAACCUGCGCACAGAGAACUUAUGCUUCCAGUUGCGUCGCUGCUGCCCACCACAGCCCAGAGAAAUAUCGAACCUAUUGGUGAUGACCACAAACCGAGAGCCCGUCCCCCAGAAACAACUGAGCUUUAUCCGCAUCCUUAAGGAGGAUAUUGUACAGGGUGAGCAUUUGGGUAGGGGCACGAGGACCAACAUCUACGCAGGUAUUCUGAAGCUGAAGAGUGAGGAUGAUGAUGAGAUGGGAGGAUACACACAGGAGAUGAAUGUGGUUUUGAAAGUGCUGGGAUCAGGACACCGAGAUAUCUCUCUGGCCUUCUUUGAGACAGCCAGUAUGAUGCAUCAAAUCUCUCAUAAACACAUCACCCUGCUCUAUGGUGUGUGUGUUCGUCACCAGGAGAAUAUAAUGGUGGAGGAGUUUGUUCAGUAUGGUCCACUGGAUCUGUUCAUGUGCCGACAGAGACAGACCACAGCUCUCAGUACCGCAUGGAAGUUCCAGGUGGCCAAACAGUUGGCUAGCGCCCUCAGCUAUCUGGAGGAUAAAAAGCUGGUUCAUGGAUAUGUGUGUAGUAAGAACAUUCUGGUGGCUCGAGAUGGGCUGGAUGGAGAGGGAGGGCCCUUCAUCAAACUGAGUGACCCUGGCAUACCCAUUACUGUACUCAGCAGAGAGGAGUGUGUGGACAGGAUUCCUUGGAUUGCUCCUGAGUGUGUACAGGACACCGCUAAUCUGAGCAUAGCAGCAGAUAAGUGGGGCUUUGGUACCACUCUGUGGGAGAUCUGUUAUAAUGGGGAAAUACCUCUCAAAGACAAGAAACUCACAGAGAAAGAGAGGUUUUAUGCUGCGCAGUGCCAGUUGGCCACUCCAGACUGUGAGGAGCUGGCCAAAUUAAUGACCCACUGUAUGACCUAUGACCCCCACCAGAGACCCUUCUUCAGGGCCAUCGUCAGAGACAUUGACAUGGUGGAAAAACAGAACCCCUCCAUUCAGCCAGUUCCCACACUAGAGGUGGAUCCAACAGUGUUUGAGAAGAGAUUCCUCAAAAAGAUAAGAGAUCUUGGAGAGGGUCAUUUUGGGAAGGUGGAGUUAUGUCGAUAUGACCCAAGGGGAGAUCGGACUGGAGAACUGGUGGCCGUGAAGUCUUUAAAGCCAGAGAACAGUGAAGAGCAGAGCAGCAACCUGUGGUGUGAGAUUCACAUCCUGAGAGAACUUUACCAUGAGAACAUCGUGAAAUAUAUGGGCAUCUGCAAUGAAGAGGGUGGCAGAUCCAUUAAGCUGAUUAUGGAGUUUUUGCCAGCUGGCAGUCUGAAGGAAUACCUCCCUAGAAACAAAGCUCGCACAGACCUGAAAACCCUCCUCAACUAUGCUGUACAGAUCUGCCAGGGCAUGGACUAUCUGGGCUCUCUGAAUUACAUCCACAGAGAUCUGGCUGCUCGGAAUGUUCUGGUGGAGAAUGAAGGCACAGUGAAGAUUGGAGAUUUUGGACUGACAAAAAGCAUUAAGGACAGUGAGGGUUACUACACUGUGAAAGACGAUCUGGACAGUCCAGUGUUCUGGUAUGCUCCAGAGUGUCUGAUCCAUUGCAAGUUCUACAGGGCAUCUGAUGUGUGGUCUUUUGGAGUGACCAUGUAUGAGCUCCUCACGUACUGUGAUCCCUCAUGCAGCCCAAUGUCGGUGUUCCUCAAAAUGAUUGGUCCAACACAUGGCCAAAUGACUGUUACCCGAUUGGUCAAAGUCCUGGAGGAGGGAAAGAGACUUCCAAAGCCAGAUGGCUGCUCAGACAGGUUGUACAAUCUGAUGAGGAGAUGCUGGGAGGCGACGCCUGAAAAAAGGAUUGACUUCAAAGGCCUGAUUGCCGUCUUUCCGCAGAUGAACGAAAAUCAGUAACUAUGGAAAUGAGAUGGGACACAAACUCUACCUCUUUUGCAAGAGACAGUCCCAGUUGACAGUUUAACAACAAAACCCACCACAAAAAAAAGAAAAAAAGAUGUAUCACUGUGCAGUGUAGCAUUUUUUCAAAUAUACUCUCCCUACUAUACCCACACGCAAUGAACUCAGAUAAACUGCAAGCCAUUUGAAUUACAAAUAGCAAAAAACCUGCCAGAAUCACUGAAGUGAACAGUCGAACGCUUCCCGGCACUUGAUUCGCUCCUUUUUCUCUUCAAGUUCAAAUGCAGACCAGACAUGGGUGAAGAGAGGACAAUUUGGAAUCUGUUCACACAUACUGUUGACUGCUUCUUAUUGUGCCUCAGUGUCAGACUUGUCACCAUGUUGCAUGUAUGAAUGACCCAUUAUUUCCAUGGUGCAUUUCAGCAUGCACUAUUGAAUCCGCUCACACCCUUCAAUAAGUCACGUUCAAUGACAGAGCCCACUGCUGAGAAUUGAAAAUUGUUGGGGUCAAGAAUGUAGAUUUACAUGUGUGGUCGGUUGUUUGAAGCUUCGAUGAGUGGAUGUUGAGUGGAUUGUGCCCCCACAUGUGAGAUGGAUUGACGUGUGGAGUAUGGUAAGUGCUCAAAGACUGGGUUCGAGUAUAUGUGAGAGAAUGCGUAUCUUAGCUGAUCGUGUCUGACUCGGACCAGACAGCUGUCCUCCUUCAUGGAGCACAUCUGGAACACUGGAAGGUUCCAAACGUACUGGAUUACUGAACUUUGAAACGGUGUGCACCAAUUGAGUGAACUAUGUUGUCACAUCCAAAGAACUGUACUCUCUCGCAAAACAUCACAUUUGCCAUGGAAAGCUAAGGUGGAUGAUUUUGAGAGCUGAAUGUGGAAGUAUAUAUGGAUAUGCAUCAAGGGGGGGGUACAUUGCUUCAGUGUAUUGCCUACAUGAGCCACUAGGGGACAGUAGAGCUUAUGAAAUAUCUCUCAUGAUAACAUCCACAUCUUUGUGCAAAUUAUAUUCUGGGCUCUGCUGACUUUCAGAUAUUGAAGUAACCAUUUUCAUAUACAAACUACAUUAGUAUUUGAUGUUUCCUUUUUUUUUUAUCACAAUGCAAUUAAAUGCAAACUAACUGAUAUAAUGAAAGUGCAACAUGUUUCUGUUGGGGAACUGUCAGUGUCUGGAAGAUGGAUGCUGUUGAAAUGUGCUAGUGCUUAAAAGCCUUAGCUGUUAUUCAUAUCGCUUACGAGAGGCUUUGUAUUCAAAGACACACUCAUUCCUAUCUAAUUAUCAGAUUAUGCUAAAUCCUCACAUGAUUCUUGAAAAGGGAAAAUGUUUUAUCUCCUAGGUGAAAGUGUCAUGUGGUUUAAAACUGAAGGCUUAUUUAAUGUACAUUGCUGCCUUCAAAUCCACGCCUCCACACAAUGGAAUAAAGGAAAAACAGGACGAAACUUAAUAACAGGCAUUAUUCUCCUGUCCUUUAAUGUGGAAUGCAAAACAAUUCCAUCUGCUCAAAAUUAAAACCCCAAACUAUUUUCCAUCAAAAAAGAAUUACAACAGAAUUGUAUCCAACAAGGGAAAAUGUACAUAAAUACACAUAAAAUAAAUACAGUUAAUAGUUUUUUUUUGUGUGUGUGUUAAAUACCCCAAAGCAUUGAGCUCUGUAACAUCUACUUAUAAAGAAGGAAAGAAAUUACUUUUUGUAUUGCAGGAGUAUAUGCAUGCUUAAAUUCCACUGUUUCCUAAAAAUAGCUUAUUCACAGUAAAGCAAUAUCAAUAGAGUUUGGAUAUAAAAUAUUGCAAAACCUGAAUUCAAAGUGGAAAAAAAAAUUAAGUACAACUUUUAAACCUAAAACAGGCUGCAAUAUGUAUACAAAGCACACUAGUGUUGAAACCCCUGCAUGUUGGAACAGGUGACUACCAUCUACAUCAUUAAGAGACACUUAAGUAUUGCAAAGCUUUGAGAUACAGGUGCACACAUACACGUCUUUGACAUUCAGAGGGGAAAAGUUCUCACAUUGAGGUCUGUUGAUCUCGCAGUGUGCAGAAUUGGAAAGAUACAUACAGUCUUGACUAAAGAUAUAAGGGGAAUGUUGGUAUGUUGUUAACCCUCAAUAAAUACCAGGGUCAACAGAAAGGUAAGUAGGCACAAUAUCUCAUCCUUCACCUUUUGACAGUAACUGGAAAAAUAUCAAGAUAUAAUUUACCUUUGUUAUUAGACUUCAUAAGAAAAUAGCAGAAAAAUUGAUGUAAAACCUUUCUUGGUAACACUUUAUUUUAAGUGUCCUUAAUAAUGCACUAGUUAAGAAUGAAUAUGAAUGUAUAACUAAAUGUUGAAUGACUAUCAUAGCCAUAAUUUAUAACUUAUUUUGUGUUGACGGUAAUGCAAUUAAUGUUCUAUUUCAGAUAUCAUAUAUAUCAAGUUUACUGAACAAUAUUAAGCCAGUGAUUAAGGCCAUUGACUUAACAACGCUGUGUGCAUUUUCCAUUUCCUUUUUUGAUUUGUAACUAGUAAUUCUAGAACAAAUAGCUUCUCUAAAAAUGUAGGGCAACAUAUGUUGACAGCGGUACUACAUUUUGAAAUAAUACCAAGCUAUAGAAAGUCAGAUGUUUUUUUUUUUUUUAUCAAAUUGUGUAUUAUGUUUCCAGGAUUGUUGCUUAUUCAGGUUUCUGAGAUGUAACUGACAUUAUAUCAGAAAUUUGGAUUGAAUGCACUUCGCUCCAUAGAGAGCUGUAGGAUGCUCCCUUGCUUGACCCCCUGUUCUAAAGGGGAAGUUUAACCUGUUUAUGUUUAUUGAACUAUAUUAAGACGGCAAUUAUGACCAAGUAUUAUUGGUUUGACUAAAUUGUUAAUAAAGAACUGCUAAAAUACUAUUUGAUUCCUAUAACACAAGUUAUUCAUUUGUUUGACAUUUAAUGGUGAUUACAGUAUUUGCGGUUUACUUAAUUUAUUGUAAUUGGAGCAUUUUCAAAACAAAUUCAUAACUUGAGCAGGUUAAACUUUCACUUUAGAAAAGGGGUCAAGUUGUUAUUAAUUUACUAGUAACAGCUUUAUAAAGCCAAUUCUAAUUAACCUUAAUUACUGGCUUAAUAUUGUUUAGUAAACUUGAUAUAU